AUGAGUGAAAACAUCUAAGAACUAUAGUCAAUUAUUGAAACAUAGACGGAGCAGAUUAAUUAACUAUUAGCCAGAGAGUAGGAGCUUCUAAGUUUAGAGCAGGAACAAAUCUCAAAUCUUGAAGUGAAAACUUAAAAAAUUAUAGGCCUCGGCUACACUGAAGAUAGAAUAAAAUAUUGGACCGAUCAUCAAGAAACAAUCAAAGCACUGCAAAAGGAAUUAGUGGAUGUUACUUUUGGAUAUUCUGCUAGAGGAGCUAUUGCACCAGAUGUUAAAGCUAGCAUUAUUGGAGAAUUCAAUGACUGGAAGCCUGAACCUAUGACAAGAAUUUCAAACAACAUCUUUAUUUAUAAAACAAAAGUCCUUGGCGGUUAUUUGCACAAGUUUAGAACAGUUCUUUCAAGCUAACCUGAUUAGUUAAUUGAUUAUACUCAAUCUUUGAGUCCUGCCCAAUUUGCUGGUGAGAUGUCCUCUAAUUUAAAGGAAUCAUUUGAUUCUAAAUUAUUUUGUCUAAAUGUUUUAGAUCGAGAGUUGCUCCUAUCUAUGCUGUAUAUGAGUCCUAUAACCAAGGAAAAAUUACAAUCAGAAUUCUAAAUUAACAAAGCGUAAUUUGAUGAACUGGAAACCGGAGUUUCAGAACUUGAUCAUAAUCUAGUUAACUAGUUACAAACACUUGAUGAGCCAACAAUCAGAAACCUACUACAAUAAUCUCUAGGGCUGAAUAAAAUUUUAUCUACUUAACUCUAAUUUUUGAAAUAAUGUGGAGAGUCUGCUGGCGCAUUACAAGAAAAGCUAUUAGUUAACCAGACUGCUGAGUUAAUAAGCAGCACCACAUAAAAAAUGGACCAAAUUAGUGAUGUAAUUAAGCAAAUAGUUGCAGGAAGAUUCAUACGUAAUAAGGAUAAUAAUAAUAACAAUUACUUUAUGAUAUAAGGUUAUAAUGAAGCCAAUAAUAAAAUUCACAUAAUAAGGACUUUUGACCCAAAUGGAAUUUUAAUUACAGAUAAAUACAGCUAAAGCUGCUAACAAUUGGAUGAAGCUACUUUCACAUCAUAGUAUUAAAUGCUUACUCCUGAGGAAUAAAAAGUUUUCGUAAAUGACAUGUUAUCAAAUAGCAGUCAUGUUCUGAAUCUAAAAUAUUAAAGAGCUGAAGUAGAUGGAUAGAAAAAAUAUGAACUUGUUGAGAUACAUCCAUCAGGAAUAAAUUUAAAUGAUUAUUAGGUUAUGCAUAAUAGUUAAGGAUUGCCAAGUUAUGUAUUACAUAGCUCCGCAGGAGAGAUAAAAUGCAGAAUCACAGAAUCUGGUAAAGAGUUUAGUUAUGAUAAGAAUCAAUAUAUUACGAUUUAUACUUCUGAGCACUCACCAACUUCUCUCAAUAUCUUUCAUAUCCACUUAAUUGAUGAAAGCGAGGAUUAAUAAAUAUUGCAAGCUUGCUAUAUUAGAGAUGAUUAAUCCAUCUCUGAUUUCUAAACAUUUGAACAGGAUUAAAAUGGACAAGUUCCCAGAUAUAAAGUAAUUAUUUAAGCCUAAAAGGUUCAAGCAAUUCUCUAUAAUGGUUAAAAUGGAGUUGAAAAUUUAAACUUUUGUGAAGAUAGAUUUGAUCAGAACUCUUAAAAUUAAAUUAAUUCUUAUGACAUUCAUGCUCUAUCUCAACAAUAGGUUAUCUGUAAGAUAGCAAAGAUACCCCUAGGAUUAAUUGCAAUUCAAGAUCAGCCAAACUAAUUAAUUAAUGAAGAUCCACUUUUUAGACUUAGCAGCUUUUGUCGUGAAAGAUUUCAUUUUGAUUAAUGGCCAGGCUAUAUUGACAUCAAUGUUAAAUCACUUAAUGAAAAUAAGAGCUUGUUACUAAAUGAUAUUAAACUAGCAGUGCCAGUUUGUGCUUUAAAACUUGUUGGCUUUGAUGCAUAAGAAAAUUUAAAAAAAUUAAUGCAGAAAAAUCAAUAAUGA